GACAUGAUUGAUGAUUGAUGUCAACUGCUUUUAAACAAAUCUGCAACAAUUUGGACAUCAGCACUUCAGUGAUCAACGUGUUAAUGCUCAUAGGAAGAGCAGUGUGGCCAAUAAAGGAAUGGCAAUAACAAAUAAUGGGCUGAGUGUCCUUGUCCUCCUGAUGACAUGCUCUAUUUUGGAAACACGGGAAUUCAUUGAUAUUUCAAGCCUUGUUUCACAGGCAUUCAACACAGAGUACAACCCACAUCUGUCACAUGUUAGGGAAAAAAGAGCAGUAUUAUCCAAUCGAUGGAACUACAUAAUUGAUGUUGAAGUGAACGUGUCAGACAUCAAAACAAUAGAGCAAAUUAAGUCAGCUGUGAAUUCAACAAGUCUUCCCCUCACUAUCAACAACUCCACUGAAAUCACUGAUGUUGACAUCACUUCUGUUUGCUACCCAAGUGGUACUGGAUUCCAGUGCAGAUGUGAGGAUCAGUAUCGUUGGUCGUGUAACAAUUGCGCUAUCUAUGGGGCAUGUGAAGAAAAUACAGAUAAACCCUGUGGAUGUAUUAAUGCAAUUCCUUCCGAUGGAGAGUACUGCCAGUCGGUUCAAAACCCAAACUUUACAGCAUGUCCAACAACAACAGCCUCUCCUUCAACAGGUCCAACAGUACCAGCAACUCUCUAUGAGUACAUGAUUGAAAUUGAGCUGAACACCACAGACGUUACAGUGAUAGAUCAACUGAGAGGCAUUCUGAGAAAUGCUAUUUUCCCUGUCAGAAUCAAUAAUCUGAUACAAAUCACCGGUGUAAACAUGUCUACAGUUUGCUACCCAAAUGGUACUGGAUUCCAGUGCAGAUGUGAGGACCAGUAUCGUUGGUCAUGUGACCAGUGUGUCUCUUAUGGGAAAUGUUGA